AUGGCUUCAGAAGCAGACAAUAAUAAAAACUUUCUUAGUGAUUUAAUUAACAACUUUGAAUAUGUACUAGAAAAUGAUAUAGAAGACAUUGAAAGCAUGGGAUUAGCAAGCGAAAGUCUUAUAUCAGAUGGAAUUGAAAUGGGAAGUAUUGACAAUAAUUUAGAUGUUGAUGUAGAAAUUAGUCCCUUUCUUUUUGACAAAAUCAGUUUUGAAAGGGCAUGGGCCUUGGUAGAAGAGGAGGAAACCAGCAAUCUAAUUUUUUUAAAUGACAUAGAUAAUGAUGAUAUUGAUGCGGAUAGUAAUGAUACAACAUCGUCAGAAUUUGAUUCAAAUGAGAGUGAAUACUUAAUUGAAAACUUAGCAUUAAAAAAAGGUACUAGCAAAAUGUUAACACUAUGUCCAAUUAUAGAUAUUGAUAAUGGCCGUAUUCAAUGCUGUUCAACUGAGUCAUCAAGACGGCUUACUCAACUUGUUG